CAAAGGACAAGCUGCUAGCUCAAGGCAUAGAGAGCCUAGUUUGAAGAGAAUUUCGGCCUGGGUCAACAGUCUUGUUAAGGAUGGAAACACCAGUCCCUGCAACCAGCAUCACCACUUCUCUAAAUAACACCAUGAAGCACAACCAGACAAACAUAACUGAAGCACUAUGUGAAAUUUCAAAGGUCCCAGCUCACCCCGUCUUCAUAUUUGCAUACUCUCUGGUGUUUCUUAUCAGUCUAGUGCUGAACUGCAUCACAAUGCGGGUUUAUUUCUGCACAAAUCAACGCGUCAAGUCCAGUGUCACGGUUUACCUGAAGAAUCUAGCCGCGGCUGACUUCUUCCUUUGUCUUUGUUUACCGUUGCGGAUCGCUCACAAUGUCAAAAUUUCAGUGACACUGCAAUAUAUUUACUGCAGCUUUGGAGCGACAGCCUUCUAUUUAAACAUGUAUGCAAGCAUUACAUUCAUGGACUUUAUUGCUGCAAACAGGUACCUCAAAAUUGUUCGGCCUUUGGAAACAAAUGCCCUGCAGACAGUUCGUUUUGCCCGCCUGAUUACAAUAGCAACUUGGCUCUUCCUGGCAUCCACUGGGUCCAUCUACUUGUUUCUUUUUCUUCAGAUGUCCUGGGGUCCUAACCAGAGCUAUGAAGAUAUUAGUUGUGAAUCCCUUCACAGUCUCCAAUUGAUCUUGGCCUAUAAAAUUAUCCAUUGUGUUUCGAUUGCACUCUUCAUCUUUGUGCUGGUUUCUCUGAUUUUUCUGUACUGGAGAACUCUGCAAAAGCUCAGAGAAGCUAAAAUCUCUACACCGGCAGUAUCCAGUAGUCAAACAUUUAACAAGUCUAAGCGUAACAUGCUCAUUCUAGUGGUCAUUUUCUGUGUGUGCUUUGUUCCCUAUCAUCUGGUGAGAGUGUUUGAUGUUUUCUUCAGUGACUGUACAAAGGCUCAGGUAUUUAGUAUCCUAAAGGAGCUGACUGUUCUGCUUUCAGUGCUAAAUGCCUGUGUGGAUCCACUUAUAUACUUUAUCUUCUGCAAAGCAUUCAGAUACAAGCUUGGCCUCAGAAAGAAAAAACAUAUGCGAAGCGUUGUCAAUUAAUACUUUUAUUCAGUGGGAUUA